UGUGGUUAAAAUGAAAAGGCAGAAGAUAAUCGAGUAGUGAAAUAGCGUAGCUCCUGGGUUGUAAUUAUGUUUUGGGCAAGACUAUACUGCUGUAUCACACGUAAAUUAUGUUCUGCAUCUACGUAUACAGAACGCAUACAGUUAAUAAAUUACUAGCGGUGACAUUUGAGCUUAUACACCUUUUAGAAAGAUAGAAAGCCAUAUGCACGUAGCUAGCUCGUGUUUGCUAACUUAUUAAAGUUGAAUCACACAUUUCAAGCGUAUCCGCGCAGUUCAGUGCAUAUUUGUAGGCUGAAUAAGGGAACCUAUUGUAUAUAAUGCGGAUACUCAAAAUAUUGCAGAAAGUAAGCACAACACUUGCCUGUCCUUUUCAAUCACUGUCAUCAGUGAGAUGGAGUGUUGCACAGAGCAGAGCCUGCUCCAGCAGUUCAACAACAGAGGAACGUGUCCCAAGAAAUGCAGUGCUCCGACAUCUAACCUCCAAAAUCAAAGCCACGGGUCCCAUUUCAGUUUCAGAGUAUAUGAGGGAGGUUCUUACCAACCCAGUCACGGGUUAUUAUGUCCGGAAUGAUAUGAUAAGAUCGGAUGGGGAUUUUAUCACAUCACCUGAAAUUAGUCAGAUCUUUGGAGAGCUGCUGGGGGUCUGGUGUUUGAGUGAGUGGAUGGCAGCAGGCAAGCCCAGCCAGUUCCAGGUGGUUGAGUUUGGACCAGGGAGAGGCUCACUGGCCAGUGACAUACUCAGGGUGUUCAGUCAGCUGAGGCCAGCCUUAGGCGGGGCAGCAGUUUCGGUCCACCUGGUGGAGGUGAGUCCUGGGCUCAGCCAGAUCCAGGCCCAGUGUCUGACAGGCGGCGGGACCCAGGCAGCGGCCAGCGAGGACGAGGCUGUGUACCGGCACGGCACCACCACCACAGGCCUCCCUAUCUCCUGGUACCGCCGGCUGGAGGACGUGCCCAGGGGGUUCAGCAUCUACCUCGCUCACGAGUUCUUUGAUGCAUUACCCAUCCAUAAAUUUCAGAGAACAGAGAAAGGCUGGAGGGAGGUGAUGGUGGAUAUCGUACCGGAGGAGCCGGACAAGCUGAGGUUCGUCCUCGUGCCAGGCCCCACUCUGGCCUCCUCUACCCUCAUACAAGCAGAUGAGAAGAGGCGGCACGUGGAGGUCUGCCCGGAGGCCGGCGUCGUCAUCCAGCGCCUGGCCAAUCGGAUUGCGGAGGACGGGGGCGCCGCACUGAUCGCCGACUAUGGGCACGAUGGCACCAAGAUGGACACGUUCAGAGGGUUCCGUAGCCACCAGCUCCAUGACGUCCUCGCGUCCCCGGGCUCAGCCGACCUCACGGCCGACGUGGACUUCAGCUAUCUGAGGAGGAUGGCAGGAGACACGGUGGCCUGCAUGGGCCCCGUCUCCCAGAGGAACUUCCUGAAGAACAUGGGCAUCGACACUCGCCUGCAGGUUUUGCUGAGGAACUGCGCCGACCCGGCCGCCAGAGCCCAGCUGGUCCAGGGCUACGACAUGCUGACCAACCCCAAGAAGAUGGGGGACAGGUUCCAGUUCUUCAGCCUGCUCGACCGCAGGCGGCUCACCAGACCAGAGCAGCCUGACGUGGAGAAGAAGAAGCCUCCAGCACCUCUUCCUGUGGCUGGCUUCAGUGAGCUCAGCUUCUCCUGAGGGUGGCGGGGGUGGGGGGGGGUCAGGACCACAGGGUCCCCAGGCUGUUGACUGUCUUGAUGGCACUGAGAAGCUGCAUCCAUGCUUUGAGGGAUCACGUCUCUUGAUUGUUGUCAUGAAACCCUAAUCUGGAGGAAUGAUCCCUGUGGAACAUAAGCUGCAUGAAUGAGGGGAGGUCCUGAUUGGGGAUACUGUGCCAUACUCUUUUCCUGUGUGUCCUAAUCCAUGCAUUCAGCAAUGCAUGGCGGAGACGGCUUCUGGAGGCUGUAGGAGUUGAUGUCAUCCAAGGUCACAGAGUUCAGAGCUAAGCAGUGGACCUGUUUUAUGCGCUCCCAUAGGCUGAGAUCAGUCAUCUGUACACAUGGUGAACUGUCUCCACAUCUUGAAGUCAUUUGAUGCAGUGUGUGGAAGAAGGGGAACAGCCAUCCUCUACUUUCCUCUGCCAGGCGCUCCUUCGUUGCUCCAGUCGCAAUUAAAAGAUACUAUUACACAGGGCGAUUACCAGAGCCCAAAUAACUAGCAGUCGGACGAAGGGGUGCUAAUGUAGAGCUAUCAUGUUUAAGACGGAUCAUUAAAGAUCAUUACAAAAUGUC